CUCACCCACUUAUUUGCUCUCUUUUUGGCCGUGAACAUGGUUUUCAAUGCAAAUUAUGUUCAAAUAUUGCUUUCAAACAACUUAUAUUUUAUAUAUCUUUAUAUAUACAACACAAAAAAAGAAACAUAUAGAAAUUAUUUCUCAACGACCUGGAAUUGCAUUAACUAAACUUGCUUUUUGUUGUCCUUAAUCUGUCACUCUCUACCUCCUCUGUUUUUCCGUCAUGAAAGGCCUCUGCAUUAACCCUUUUAACAAUUCCAGUGUCUUGGGUGGUAGCAAAAAUGGUAUUGUCAUCACUAACUCAUUUCACAAAAACAACUAUCCAACCCAUCGAUCUUUCCCCAAGAUUGUCUUCUCGUCAAGCUCCUUCAAAAUUAGUUGCUCUGCAACUCUUUCGGUAGUUGGGGAAGUGGAAGAGAAGAAAACAUUCGAUUCAGAUGAAGCAACAUUGUUGUUAAAAGAUCUACAGAAAGUUUUUAGAUCUGGAAGAACAAAGAGCUAUGAAUGGAGAAUUUCACAGCUAAAUAGUAUACUCAAAAUGCUUAAAGAAAAAGAAAAAGAUAUUACUGACGCUAUAUACAAAGACCUUUCAAAGCCUCAACUUGAAUCCUUUGUUUCUGAGAUUUCUACUGCAAAAGCCUCAUGCAAACAUGCACUUGAAGAACUGAGUAGUUGGAUGGAACCAGAAAAGGUCCAAACUGCAAUUACAACAUAUCCAUCAUCAGCAGAGAUUGUAUCAGAACCUCUAGGAGUGGUUCUGGUCAUAUCAACAUGGAACUUUCCUUUCUUGUUAUCUAUAGAUCCAGUAAUUGGAGCAAUAUCAGCAGGGAAUGCAGUGGUACUAAAACCAUCAGAACUUGCACCAGCCACAUCAAGCUUGCUUGCAAAACUGUUAGAAGAAUACUUGGAUAACUCUGCCAUCAGAGUUGUUGAAGGAGCUAUUCCUGAAACUACUGCACUUUUGGAGCAAAACUGGGAUAAAAUUCUAUACACAGGGAGUGCAAAAGUAGCUCGUAUUGUGAUGGCUGCUGCUGCAAAGCACCUUACACCAGUAGUUCUUGAGCUUGGUGGGAAGUGCCCUGCUGUUGUCGAUUCUGAUAUCAACUUGAAGGUUGCUGCGAGGAGAUUAAUAGCAGGAAAGUGGGCAUUGAAUAAUGGGCAAGCUUGUAUUGCUGUCGAUUAUAUAAUUACAACUAAAGAAUUUGCUCCAAAGUUGAUAGAUGCUCUGAAGAAUGAAAUAAAGAAGUGUUUCGGGGAAAAUCUAAUUGAAUCCAAAGACAAAUCUCGUAUAAUUAGCCCAUCUCAUUUUGCACGUUUGGUGAAACUCAUAGAUGAAGAUAAAGUCUCAAAAAAGAUUGUCUUUGGAGGUGAAAGGGAUGAGAACCAGCUACAGAUAGCACCAACUAUAUUAUUGAAUGUUCCCGAGGACUCUGAUCUAAUGAAAGAGGAGAUAUUUGGGCCAAUUCUGCCUAUUCUCACGGUGGAGAAGAUAGAAGAUAGUUUUGAUAUAAUAAAUUCAAAGCCAAAGCCUCUUGUAGCAUAUCUUUUCACUAACAAUGAUCAACUGAAGAAGAACUUCGUGCAGAAUAUAUCUUCAGGAGGGAUGCUCGUGAACGAUGUCGUUCUACAUCUUACAGUAAAAGGCUUACCAUUUGGAGGAGUUGGCGAAAGUGGGAUGGGUUCAUAUCAUGGGAAAUUCUCAUUUGAUGCAUUCAGCCACCAGAAGGCAGUUAUGUAUAGAAGUUUUGAUGGGGAUGCUUCCCUAAGAUAUCCACCGUACACUCCUGAAAAAGAAAAAUUAUUGAAGGUUCUCAUUAGUGGUAACCUUUACAAGAUUUUCCUUACCUUAAUUGGUAUGGUUUAAACUUUCUUAGACAGUAUUUACCCAAAAAAAAAAAAAAAAAAAAAAAACUUUCUUAGACAGUGUAGGGAUUAAGCUUUCAACUUGAGUUCCGAAUGUAUUAGAUAGUAUAUUAUAUUAAAUGUAAUGUAUCAAGUUUCAUUCCCUAUAAUUAUUUUAAAUGGUAGUUUAUUUUCAGUUAAAA